AUGACAUUGUUUGGCUCCCCUAACAUUCCAUACUUCGCAUCAACUGCGGAUGCUAACUACGGAACUGAUGUUAAUAAUAUUGUUUGUGAAAAAAUUUGGUUCAGCCGCAUUGGUACAACUUUGCAAGAUGUAUUAAAACAGUUCGGAUAUGAAAAGAGGAAAUUACUACAAAUAAUCCGACGGGGGCAGUUAAAGUUUUUUGGUCACAUCAUGCGGAAGGAAAGAAUGGAAAAUCUAACUACUACUGGAAAGAUUGCAGGGAAAAAAGAUCGCGGUCAACAACAAAUAACAUUCGUGAAGUUCUUGUGUCACUUGUUGAACAUCACCACAUUUCAACUUUUACAGUUUUGUAUUCGGAACAAAUUCUGCGUCUUUCGAAGUCUGAUUUUAUCAAGAAUAAACAAUAAACAAAGUUGA